AUGGAUUCCUCUUCCUCUGCUUCCUCUGUCAUCUCCUUUGAAUCUGAGAUGACCCGGGAGAUGACCCCGGAGUUCGACCCCAUUGCCGCCUACGAGGUCUGCGCUCCUCUGCACUGGGAUGCAGAGGAGUGGGAUUUCCAGGCUUGGUCAGAGGUUGAUGAGUCCCUGACUGACGGUGAAGAUCUCCAGCUCCUCCUCGGCGGGGAGCUGGAUGAAGACGAUGACAACAACAUGUCCUGGGAGGAGGACUUCUCCACCUCGGAGGAAGAAGUUGAUACCCCAUCAACCGAGGACGACUCGGCGGCAGGAGGCUUCCUGCUUGGCGGGUCGUCGGAGGAUGACGACGAUGAUGACGAUGAAGAAGCCGAAGAUAGCAGCGGCGACAGCGGCGAAGACGAUGGCGGCAACGACAGCAGCGACGACGCCAGCGCGGCCCCUCCGAUCAAGUGCUGCAAAGUCUUAGGCACCUACUGGUGGUAG